UUCCCAAACAACUUUGAAAUUGGAAAUGGAGGAAACAUACAAGGACAUCUUCCCAUGAGCCAAUGUCUCCUAAUAAUGCAUCCAAGAGUGAAGGAAGUUUCGACUGACUGCGGGAGUCUUCAAAGGGAUAUGCAACCACUGUCUCCAAUUUCUGUCCACGAGCGCUAUAGUUCUCCUACUGCAGGGAGUGCUAAGAGAAGACUUUUUGGAGAUGAUGCCCCACAGGAAAUGUUCAUGGACAAAAUUAUGACAGAAGGAACAAAAUUGAAAAUUGCUCCAUCUUCAAGCAUUACUGCUGAAAACAUAUCAAUUUCACCUGGGCAAACUCUUCUAACAAUGGCCACAGCCACAGAAACAGGGGCAUUGGGACAUAAAGUUACAAUUCCAUUCCAUGGUGUUGCAAAUGAUGCUGGAGAGAUCACACUGAUACCUAUUUCUAUGAAUUCAAGUCAAGAGUCCAAAGUUGAGAGUCCUGUAUCACUGACUGCACAGUCAUUAAUUGGUACUUCUCCAAAACAGACUCAUUUGACUAAAGCACCAGAGGUUCAUCUGACUGGAAUAAGCAAACCAAAGAGAACUGGGUCCUUAGCACUGUUUUACAGAAAGGUCUAUCAUUUGGCAAGUGUACGCUUACGUGAUUUAUGUUUAAAACUGGAUGUUUCAAAUGAGUUACGAAGGAAGAUAUGGACGUGUUUUGAAUUCACUUUAGUUCACUGCCCUGAUUUAAUGAAAGACAGGCAUUUGGAUCAACUCCUCCUUUGUGCCUUUUACAUCAUGGCAAAGGUAACAAAAGAAGAAAGAACUUUUCAAGAAAUAAUGAAAAGUUAUAGGAAUCAGCCCCAAGCUAAUAGUCACGUAUAUAGAAGUGUUCUAUUGAAAAGAAUUCCAAAAGAAGUUGUGGCAUACAGUAAUAAUCUAAAUGGUGACUGUGAAAUGACAGAUGGUGAGUUGGAAGAGGCCACAAAAAUACCUGAGAGUUCCAGUAGACCAAUGAAGGAGGAAAGAGGUGAUCUAAUCAAAUUUUACAAUACAAUAUAUGUAGGAAGAGUGAAGUCAUUUGCGUUGAAAUAUGACUUGUCAAAUCAAGACCAUCUGAUGGAUGCUCCACCACUUUCUCCUUUUCCACACAUUAAGCAGCAGCCAGGCUCACCACGCCGCAUCUCCCAGCAGCACGCCAUUUAUGUUUCCCCGCACAAGAAUGGAUCCAGCCUCACACCAAGGAGUGCUCUGCUGUACAGGUUCAAUGGCAGCCCUUCUAAGAGUUUGAAAGAUAUCAACAACAUGAUACGGCAAGGUGAACAGAGAACCAAGAAGCGUGUAAUAGCCAUGAGUGGAGAUGCAGAGUCACCUGCCAAACGCCUCUGCCAAGAAAACGAUGACGUUUUACUUAAACGACUGCAGGAUGUUGUCAGUGAGAGAGCAAAUCACUAAUGUUUUCCUGUUUCUGACAAAAGCACUUUCAAGUUCUGCAGAAAGUUGGGGUUCAGUCUUUCAAACCUUUCUGCCCUGUAGAUGAUGAGUAUCACUGGGUUAUACAAAAAAUUGCACCAAAAUUAAGCGCUUUUUUUUUCUACAUUUAUCCAAACGUAGUUGAUGAAAAAAUGUUUUGAGUUAGAUUGGAAAGGAAUUUUUAAGUGCCUUUAUAAAUAUUAAUAGUCAUAGGAUUUCUUUUGCUCCUUGGGUUAGUUUUUAAGAUGAAUUAAGGAAAAAGCUCAUAAUUUUUUUAGUACUCUUUUAAAAAUAAUAAUCCUUCUGUGCUUUGUAAAUUACCUCUUUUUGAUAAUUAUGCUUUGAGAUUUUUUCAUUUUCAAUUCACUGCUGUUGGUAGGGGUUGGUUCCCACAGUACACGGAUGGAGGUGAUGCAGCAGCCUGUCUCUGUCCCAUUGUGGUGAGUGCACAUGAAAUAGAACCCACUCUGAGUCAUCUGGAUCCCACAUCCUCUUCCUCCUUUACCUGUUGUGCAUGAACAGCUUUCUAACUGAGUCUCUGGUCUGCACACAUUCCUUACUUUCCACUCCUGACCCUCCUAACCUGGUAUUAAACCCAAUGAAAGAGGGACAUUUCCUCCUUUUUUAAAAUGACUGUCAUUUUGUUUUUCAUGACAUGAACUUAAUUCUACAUGAUUGUAUUAAGUCAUAUAAAUCUCAAAAUAGGAAGCUGCUUCUCAAGCUAUGAGAAUAAAAUUCAGAUAACGUUAUUAGAAGCUAACAUGUUUAGUAAGGUAGCAUCAUGAUCAUGUGUGAUACUGUUUUGGGGGCCAUGAUAAGGUUAUUCAUUCUUGUUGUCUAAAGAUACUUGAAACCUUUUUCAAAACCACAGUAAACUCACUUCAUGACUUACAAUUUUAAUGUAUAUCAGUAACAGCUGCUUAUUUCUUUCCCUGCUUUGUCCCAAGUAUUAUUAAUGUGUCAUGAAUUUCCUAUUGGAGUUUGACCCCUGGUUCCCUAAAGAUGUUUUCCAGCACUAGGGAUGCAGCUUUCCAAAGAAUCCACUCAAUAUUCACUUUUUCUAGUGUUAACAGAAUCUGGAAGGACAUGGAUAAGCCAUUCUUAAUUAAUUUUGAUACAAUAUAUCAAAUGUAUAUAUUUUCAACUGCAAACCUUAUUUUUAAAUGUAUCAUGUUGGGGUUAGGGGUGUGAUAGGCUGCUUAUGUAACAUUUGUGAGGCCCUGGGUUUGAUCCACAUCCAGCUGCAGAAAGAAAAACUUUUCUAAUUUACCUUAGCUAAUUUGAAAUAGUCUGAGAUUUGGCUGUCCAUUAGUGAUUAGUAUUUUCAGUAAUUUUGUGUUUAAAACAUAAGAAUAAAAGGCAUUUUGGUCACAUUUUACUUUUGUGAAAAUU